CGCAAGUUGACGGCCUCCAGUGACGGCGCCCGCAUUUGACGUUACCCCUUGUUUGCAAAGUCUACGGAAUCCUUCCGUGUCUUAAGAAGUACUUCCAUACGGUUUCACACAUCUGUUUUUGUGAUUUAUCCCAUUGGGUUCUUAAUCACUGAUCAUCUCCCUCAAUCGUCUUCAUGUGGAACACCGCCAACCAGCAUGCUUAUCCGUAGAAACGUGUUUCUUUCUAUCUUAUUUCUCCUAAUAAUUGUUAUUGAUAGCAGGUGUGAAGAAGAAGAGAAUCAAAAAGGAUUCUCGCCACCACCGGAUUGCGACUGUCCUAGCGUGAUUCGUCCUGUUUGCGGGACCGACAACGUUACUUACAACAACUUGUGCUUUUUGCGAUGUGUUCAACGCACAAACGAAGAUCUUCUUUUCUUUUACAACGGCACCUGCUGCGACAAAAAGGAGUGUGAGAAAGUAGGAACGCCGAUAUGUGACAACUUCGGAGAAACACAUAUCAAUGAUUGUCAUUUUGCUCAAUUUCAAUGUAUCAUGAAGAAAAGCAUGGGCUUGUCGUUGACGAAACUACACAUGGGCCGAUGUUCUUCGAAAGACUGCAAUCAUAAUUGUACGAAUACUGAAUUCGACCCGGUAUGUGACACGAAUGGGUCUGUGUAUCGAAAUCUGUGUGUGUUCCAAAUGCGAAGAUGCGAAUUACAAUUAGAGAGUCAACGAAUUCAACUGGCAGAGGAUAGAAAGUUUUGUUUGAGGAGUCGAGAGACCCAGCGAUUCAAAUUGGCCGGAGUGGAAUCAUACACCUCCUACGCAGAUGAACCUUAUUUGGAAACGACGGAAGCCAGCACUGUGGCACCCGAUCUCACAACAACUGCAUCCACAACAAUCCCGAUGAAAUCUGAAAAACCAUCAAGAAAUGAGACUUUUAUUAACAAGGUCAUUGCAAAAACCUCUGCUUCAAAGCAUCGUGAAAAUCAUUCACCUCUGACGCGCAACGAUCUUAAUCGUGCAUGCAGUAUCAAAGAGUGCGAUAAAUCAUGGGAUCCGGUCUGCGACACUAGAAAUCGAACUCAUAAAAAUGUUUGUCAGUUCAAGUUUUUUGCUUGCAAGAUCAAUAAAAUAGAUGGCAGUGUAAUAGAUAUUGCUCAUUCAGGAGCUUGUAGAGCAAGAAAAAGUACAUGUAUAACAUGUCCAAAGGAUGAGAAAAAGAUUCCUAUUUGUGAUAAUCGUAAUAUGACGCAUCCUACUCUUUGCUCUUUUAUUCAAUACAAUUGUGAGGCCAGAAACAAUGAAGAUGAAGAACGCGUGCUUGUUCACAUCAAAUCGUGUCAUGAGAGAAGUCCUCAGUUUACUCUUAAAGACGAAAUUUGCCCAAGGACUUGCAGUCGCGACGUGAAGCCCGUUUGCGAUGAAGCCAAUAACACUCAUCAAAACCUGUGUCAUUUUCAGCAAUACAAUUGCAACAUGCGAAAGCUAGGAAUUCGCUCGCCGUAUUUGAGAUAUUUGCGGCCGUGUGUCAAAAAUAGAAAAAUAGAUAAUGCAGUGGAAAAUGUGGAGAUGAGGGCAACAGUUUCAAAUGUUGUAAUAAAAACUUCCAAAUCAGUUGCUGAAUCAACCACUACUUCACAGUUAAAACAAACUGUUGCAUCUGAAAAAACUACAUUCAUUGUAAGCGCAUUUGAGAAAGUCUUGAAAAGUACCACAAGCACUCCAUCACCCUCAUCAACAAUCGUGACAACGACAAUUAAAGUACCAACAGUCACAUUUUCAACGCUUCCGGACCCAACGACAAAAUCCAUUUUGGAGAUAGAAAUCGAAACCACAACACCACUUGACGUAGCUUUCUUCGAUUGUCCAAAACCUAAUUGCCCAACAGAUGGACAACCGGUAUGCGACUCGGCAGGAAAUUUGCAUGGAAAUCUGUGCGAGUUUACCUACUCUCGCUGCAUUGCUGCUAGCAAAGGACAUCAAAUUCACAUUGCUACUGAAGAGAACUGUAUUUCAAAGGAAGCAUGCCAAAUGCCGUGCACUGAUGAUAAACACCCUAUUUGUGCAUCUGAUUUUUCCACUUAUGAAAAUCUAUGUCAGUUUAGAAAACAGAAAUGUUUGGAUUCUGAAUUAGAAGUUUUAUUCAAAGGAAAAUGCAGCGAAUGUCUAGAUUCUCCAUGUGCUCUCCCAGCAGAAAAUUCCCCGGAUGAGUCUUUUGUUUGCUUGGAAGACCAAUCUACAAAAUCACUGUGUGAAUAUCAAAUGUUGUCUUGCAUUUUUGAGCGCGGAUACGGUGUGAACCUAACUGUUCAAUAUAUUGGAGUAUGUUGCCCUCCUGUUGAGUCAUGCGAUACUGAAAAACCGGAUCCAGUCUGCACUGAUAGUGGAGCUACGUUUUUGACAGAAUGCGAACUAAACAUCGAAAACUGCAAGCUGAAGAAAUUAGAUCAACCAAAGCUUGUCGUUGUUUCACAAGGGAUUUGCGAAAAAGAUAUGCUAACCGAUGACUUUUCAAGCAAUCGAAAUUUCCAAAAACCAAACAUAGAAUUCAAAAGAGAAAAUACUUUUAAUUGUUCUAUGGAAUGUGACAACUCAUAUGAUCCUCUAUGUGGAACUAACGGAGUUACUUUUACCAACGCAUGCUCCCUUCAGAAAGAGAUUUGUGAAUCGGCGAACUCGACGAUUGAAGUUGCUUACACCGGAAUGUGUUGUGAUACCAACUGUCCGUCCGAUUUCAGCCCAGUUUGUGAUAGUAAAGGAAGUACUCAUCAGAACAUAUGCCAUUUCGGAGUCAAAAGAUGUAUUGCCGAACGAACAUUUGGGGAUGUUCUUACAAUUGACAAAUUUGAAGUUUGCAAUGAAGUCAAGGAAUGUAACAACGCGUGUCCAAAAGAAUACAGCCCAGUUUGUGCAUCAAAUGGGCAGAACAUUGUGAACGAGUGUGAACUAGAUAAAAUUCGAUGUCUUGUAGAAAAUAAUGUGACAACUGGAGAUAAACUGGUGAAAGAUUACGACGGAGAAUGCUGUAGAAUCGAAAAUUGCGACAUUUCUGUCUUCUCACCAGUUUGUGAUACUGAAGGAGUAACCCAUGCGAAUAUGUGUCUCAUGGAUCAAAAUGCAUGCAUUCAGAUGAAAAAGAACAAGAAAACCAUUCAAGUUUCCUAUCAGGGACAAUGCUGUAACCAGCCAUGUGAUGAAGAUAAAACCCCAGUUUGCGACGGAACAAUUACACAUCCGAACAUUUGCAGAUUCAGAAUUGCACAAUGUGAAGCAGAACGAGUAAACAAAACGCUCAGCAUUGCCUAUUCAGGAGAGUGUUGUCUUCUCCCAAAAGGAGAGUGUGAAAGUUCUGGAGCAGUUUGUGAUUCAGAGGGUCAAACUCAUAUGAAUCAUUGUGUUUAUCAACAAAGAAGAUGUAUGGCACAAACCAUAUCUCAGAAGACUCUAAACAUUGUUCAUACAGGAGAGUGUUGUGCAUUAGCUUCGUGCCCAAAAACCGGACAGCCGGUAUGUGACUCAAGAGGUCGAACUCAUGAUUCUCUUUGUCACUUUCAUAACUCAAAGUGUAUAUUUGACAAGAUUCAUACUCAAAACACAACGUUAACCCUGGACUACCAAGGAAAAUGCUGUCCCGCUGGAUGUACAGAUGAGUUGUCUGUUAUUUGUGACCAACAUGAGAACAUAUACCGAAACUCGUGUUAUUUUAAUCUGAAAGCAUGUGAAACGUGGCGACGAACACAAGACGUGCUUCUUGCCACACCCUGCCCGCUAUUACGAACGUGAAGAUUCCCAAUCAAAUUAUAAUUUAACUUUUUUGUUUUAUAGUUGUUUUUUUGUAAAUAAAUGGUGAGAUGUU